UUUCAAUGCCAACGAAAUACAUAGAAACAAGCCUGUCUUUGAGCUAAGCCCUCCUCCCCCCAGCUCAGCCAACUAAUGACUUUGAUUCCUCCUUUUUGUCCUUUUCUGCAGACGGAAGACAGGCUGAGGUGAGUCUGAGUUUUGGGGUUUUGGAGUUGAACUUCCUAAUUCUUAGAGGUGUCUGUCAGUGCACACUGGAUCUGAUCAAAUGUCUGCUUUGGGAGUUUGCAGACUGGUGUACUCUGUGGACACACGUGGCUUGCGUUCUGUGAAGGGUUGUGUAAUAAAAAUGGAGAUUGUAUAUAAACCUUACAAUCUGUUUUUUUUUUUUUUUCUUUCCUUAAUUGAAUUCACCAGGGGAGUAUUAUUCACCUAAUUGAGACUUGUUGUGAGUUGACAACUGACUUGCAAAAUGUAGGCCAGAAUGACCAUAGUUGAAAAAUCUCUCCAGAAUCUUUAAGGUAAAAGUCAUGUUGGGACAGCACAGUUCACAUUUCAUGAAUAAACCCCUGCUUGUUAAAAGGUGUGACUCUGUGAAAUCACAGGAAUAUAGCAGUGUGCAAUUGUACUGUACAGAUGACUUUCUGUUCUAACAGAAUAGGAGAGUGGGAUUAUAGACUAUAGUUGAAGUUGAGUGGUUACAAGUUGAGUACUUCUGUGAUUUUAAGUGGUCAUGAUGAUAGGAGUCUGUAUGUGCAGGGUUCCUAAUAUCUAUUUUGUGAAAACUGUACAUCCGUUGUCAGCUGGCGACAGACAUGGUCACAUUGUCCCCUUGCAGGCAUGCAUACCUAUCAACGCUUUAAAUGGAAAAAGAGAGACGCUUUCAUUUUAGAGGUGUGAUUAGGACGGGGCUGUUCUAAGAAACGUUAGGUGACUUAUUAAUAAAAAUGAUUCAUGCUGCUGAAAUUUAAUUUAGAACAAUGCAUCUUAUUUACACAGACUGAUAUCUAAACACAGUUAUUGUUGUUUAAUGACUCAUUACUGUGAGUGUUAUUGCUGUGGAGCUCUGUUAUACACUCAGGCACACCAACAGUACAGAGCUACUAGAAAAGAGGGACAGAGGGAUAUGGGCACAACAUAGGGACUGAUUCUCCUAAAUAGGGACACUUGGGAGAGGUGUGUGUGUGUGUGUGUAUUUUUUAAGUAAAAUAUCCCUCCGUCUUUUCCCUUCCCAAUCCGUCCUGUCCUCUCACUGGCACAGAGCACAAUGAGAAGCAUUUAAUUGGACGAGGACCAUAAAUUACAUCUCCAGGCCUGUGGCCUGCUCAGAGUCUGAUGCAGUAUGUGUGAAUACUAUAGUAUGGUGGAUGCCGUGUGUGUAUAGUUUAGAGGCAGCUGUGUGUGUGUAUAGUAUGGUGGAUGCAGUGUGUGUGUAUAUAUAGUAUAAUUAUGAUUGGUAUUUAUAUAGCGCCAGCUUAUUCCACAGUGUUUUACAAUAAGAGGGGAAUUUACCAACCGAGACAGUAACAAAAUGUAACAGGAACAAUAGGUAGUAGGACUCUGCUCAAAUGAGCUUACAGUCUAAAGGAGGUGGGGUAUAAAAACAAAAUAGGAAGGGUAUUGAGGGAGACAGCAAACAGACAUGGUGAGAAAGUAGCAGAGCUGGAUGGAGGCGAGAGUGGAGUGUGGCCCUAUAGGAGAGAGCGAGAGGAAGGUCUGAGAGAUAGAAGUUACUCUUGGAGGCCAUAAGCAAUCCUGAAAAGAUGGGUUUUAAGGGACGUGUUAAAGGAUUGAAGACUAGGGGGAGUCUGACAGGGGUAGGCAGGCUGUUCCAAAGGAAAGGAGCCGCUCGUGAGAAGUCUUGCAGGCAUGAAUUUGCAGUAAGGGUGGUGAAUCGUACCUCUGGUGGGAGCAGUAGCAUGAUGUUUUCCUGAGUCCAUCAUACAUGCUGCUGUUUUGUAUACCUGUUCAAGACUUUUGUAUACCUGUUGAAGAUGUUUGGUAGACAUAUAUAUAUACAAGCUAUUUGCAAAUUCAAGGAAUGUGGAGAUGAACGAAUGGACCUGUGAUCCAAGAUCUGAUCCUGGUUCCAAGAUUUGACUAUUGCAGACAUCCUCUCAUGUAGGUUUAGGCUACAUUGGUUUCAGUAACCGGGCUGUAGAUGCAAGCAUAAACUCUGUUGUAUCUGGGUUGAGACUGGGAGUGAGUAUGUCUUCAGUCAUAUAGUAAGAAAUAAUGACACAGGAGACAUGCUGUAUCUGCAGACAGAUUUUUGCUGUGGUCAUCGAGGGUGUGUCCACAAAAGUCUGACCUCUCAAGGUGGUUCUGUAGCUAGACUGUGCUGACUUUUUAGAUCCUUUUCCAGAAUGCCAUUACUGGGCAAUGUGUGUGUAUACAUUUGCCUGUGAGUCUGUGUAUGUGUAAAUACAUAAAGGAGAGACAUGGCACUCUAGGGGAAAGAAUUCCAAAUUUAACUCCAGAGUAACCGAGCUGAAAGCAUAGCUGACUUAGAGAUUUAUUUUUUUCAGCUCAACUAUUUUUACCUUAAAUUUGAAAUUCACUUUACAUUUUCACUUUUAAUAAAUAACCCUGAUAGCCACAUUCCGGAGGUGCCGGAAAAACAUGUAUAAUCAAAUUCAGUUGCAAAAUGAACCAUUUAUUCUAUGUACAUAUGUUUUGUUUUUUUAGGACCAGAAAGUGAUCCCACAAAUCCCUUCUGUUGAUCUUCAUCAAACUGCCUUCUUAUAAAUAUGUGUGAAAACAACGGAUCAAGCUUCCCCUGCUCUACACAUCGUGGACUUGUGGUAUCUAAAUAUUUUCUACUUCUUUAACUAUUAGUAUUCUUUCAUUUUUGAUAAUAUUACAAAUAUUUCAUUGUUUCCUUGUUAUUUGUUUUAGUGUUGUAGCACACACAAUACAGGUUUAAAAGGACACUAUAGUCACCAGAACAAUUUCAGCUAAUUGCAUUUGUUCUGGUGAGCAUAAUCAUUCACUUCAGGCUUUUUGCUGUAACUCGACUAGCCACUCCUCAUAUGACCACUAGAGGUGCUUCCUGGGGCAGUGCUGCACAGUGUGACUGAGAUUCAGUGUCUCCACCCUUUGCAUGCAGACACUGAACUUUCCUCAUAGAGAUACAUUGAUUCAAUGCAUCUCUAUGAGGAGAUGCUGAUUGGCCAGGGCUGUGUUUAACUUGUGCUGGCUCUGCCCCUGAUCUGCCUCCUUUGUAAAACUCCACUAUGCCUAUCAGAAAGUCUCAGAGACACCAUCUGAUUGGUGCAGUGUGUCAUUAUGCCGCACAUGCGCACUAGCCUCCUAAUACUAGCCUGCCUAUGAUAAAGCAUUGGAUUGGUUGAGAUUGAUGAUCUCGGCCUAAAAAGCAGAGCUUCCUUUUUUUUUUUCUUUUUUUUUUUUUUAACAUUUGCUGUGGCUGUCUGAUCACCUAAACAGUGACUAGUAUACUAUAGCGGUAGGAAUACAUGGUGCUUGUCCCGAGCUUAGACACUGCAUGUGCCCCUGGAGAAUAUACAUAGUUUGUAGCAUCUCUGUUGUUAAACCUCUAAUGUGAGAAAGUCAUGAUUGUUAUUUUUAUAGUUUUUUUUGGAGAGUGCUGUGCCAGGCCUAUGUGGGAAAUAAAUCAGUGUACAAAUGCACAGUAGUCUUUAGUAAGUAUGCCAAUGCCCAAUUUACUGCAAAUAUUUACAGUAUUUUUCUGGCGUAUAAGAUGACUUUUUAACCCUGGAAAAUCUUCUCCAAAGUCUGGGGUCGUCUUAUACGCCGGGUAUAGGGUCUAUAUAGCUGCCGGGGGCGCCCUGCUAAUGCCGGCCCUUCUAAUGCUGCAGCCGCCUGAGCGCUCUAUAGAGAGCGCUCAGACGGCUGCCGCACUGCCUCUCUUCUCACCUCCCCUUCCCUGUGCAGAGUGGGUGACCGAGCUCCUCUUCGUCCUGUCAGUCCGGCCAGGUACCACGCGGUACAGGAGAUUCAGUUACCUGUUCCCGGCCGCACUGAAAGGAAGUGCACACUGAGUGCAAAUAUUUUGGUCUAAAAUGUAUAAUUCCAUUUUCAAAUUUCCACUAGUCCCAGUUUAGUGUACACAAUUGUGUGUAUUAUCUUUUUUUCGGUCACUUCAGAUAUAUCUAUGAAUCCAUUUUUGUUUAUGCCUCUUCACAGGCUGGAGCUGACAUGUGAAUUUUAAAUUGGGUGUGUGAUACAGAUAAUACAUUCAAAAUAUAUGUAUAAAAAUAAAAUGCUAAAAGAAUAACGGAUUCUCACACAUGAAGUUCCUGUUUACGUAAUAAAUCACCAGGCUUUGAAACUUUUGUAGUGAGCACUGGUCAGACCAGGAAGUAUCUGGGGAAGGCCCAUUUUGAUGUCCCUUUAAUCUCCUCUGGCAUUGUUCAGCUUUUUCCACAAAUUCUUGCACAGCAGGAAUUUUAAGAACUGGUCGUUCAGUGUUUCGCAAUUCCUCUAUGGAAAACUAACAAGCGACUUACUACUCUCAGAACCCUAUCCUGUGUAUAACAUUCAGCUGUAUUAUUGGAGAAAAGUUGGAAACUAAACAAGUUAGGAAGGAAGUACCGAAGUAGUGGGCCUAUGAAUCUUAACUGUGUAGUAUUUAAAAAUAUAAAUAAGACUAAUGAAUAAUAACCAUCAGGGUAACUAGCUGUAACCAACGCAUUGCACUUAACGUGGGUGUGUGGAGUGUCACUUUAAUGGUUAAUCUGAAAUAAAAGAUUAAAAUCCCAAAUCCAGCUACAGUGAGAUGUGGGGGAGAAAAAGCAAACGCUGACUUUCAUGCUCAGCAUCUUAAACAGAACAAUAAUCCUGACUGUUUGUCUCAGACUUUAUGGCUCUGAGCAGAAUCUGUGGCUGAAGCUAUGAGAUAGUGGAGGACUAGCUGUCAAACCAUCUGCGUUCUAAAAAUGUACCUUUUGUCUUCAAAGCCAAUUCAUUGUUAUUAAAAUGGCACUGCCAUACAUUACGUCAUGCAUUCCACUAAAUACAUUGUAAUGAGGAAAACUGGUAAUGUGUGGGAAGACCAGGAACUAUUCUUUACAACCGAGAGAGAGGAACAUAUGUGGGGUUCUUGGCCAGAUGAGGUUUUGUUGGCCAGUAGAUUAGUCUGUUGAGAAUUACUCAUAUCAGGAUAUUUUAAAGGGGGGUUUGUUAAAGGAGCAGCCUAAGCACCAUAACCACUACAGCACAUUAUUUAUGUUGCUAUUGACACCAUCUCCUGGUUCUGCAUCGAACCGUUUCUGAGGUGUUUUAUAUAAAUAGUGUCCUCCAGGUGCCUAUGGCCUGUCCCUUCAUUCAUAAUUUAAAGGGAUACUAUAGUGCUAGAAUACAAAGUUGUAUUCCUAGCACUAUAGCUCCUUCACGCUCCCCGUACUGUAAAGGUUAAUAAAACCUUAGUGUACUUACCCGAUACCAGCGCCGAUGUCCCUCAGUGCUGUGUAGGCACUCUGCUUCCUCAAACAUUAACCAUCGGGAUCGCUAGCACAUUAGGCAAUUUCUGAAUAAUAAAAUUACCAAGUAUAAAUGGACGUCCAAAGAAGACUGCAUGUGCCCUCCUUUUUACAGUUUCUAAAAGCGUCUGUGCCUGUUCAGAUUAUGGCUAUGCCCCUCUGGAAAAAUGUCUUCCUCUGAAAUUGCACAAGCACGUAGUUAAUUUUAACAGCUAACAGAAAACCAGCUGAAUUGACAUCGAAAAAUGCCUGAAAUGACUAUAUUUGCCUUCUAGGCAUUGGUUCCAAAUAGUACGUUUUUGUUUUAUUUUGAAACAGCUGAAUUUGCACAUAUGAACAUCAUUCGCCUACUAUACAGUAUUUAAUGGAUAGACCUAUACGUGUAACAGAUUUAUGCAGUUAUGGAAUGGUUAUAGAAAAUUAUUGUUACAAACAAUCAAUGCAAAGGUAUCAGUGCAUUUCAUGACAAAAUGUUUGGGGGACCAGGGUAGCCCUUUGGGGCACUCUCCAAUGCUUAUAGUGCGAGUAUCUGUGAACUGUUAUCAAUGCAUUUGAAUUGUAGUCAUUUAAUAUUGUUUUGUAACCGAGUUACUGCAAAUAUUUUCCAGUUUAAUAAAAUAAUAAUAAUACGUGUACAUUUUUUUUUCUCCCAGAUUUCCGAUACUUGGCCUGGUUAUAACUUGGAUGUAUUUUCAUUACCGAACCAUUACUGUGAAGAUUUGGAAUGUGUAUAUAUUCCGCAUGGUGUGAUAGUGGACAGGUGCGUUCAUGAAAUAUGAUGCUGAUAUCACAUGGCCGUCCUGCUGAUUUUUGAGAGUUAGGUGCUUGCAAUCUCAUUCUGUUACUAAACCCACCUACAGUGAACACUUUCUCGGAGGUCUAGAGAACAAAAGUGUGCUUUAAGUUAUCGUCCGGGAUACAAUUGACCAUUUUUAUGCACACCAAUGUUCCAUAUAGCCAAAUAGGGGCACUUUCCUUCUAGGGAAUGUGACUGGAGGUAAGGCCAGGGGAAAGAUACAUGCCAGAAAAUUAUAGCAGACCCCAUGGCCUACUGAUAAUUUUUAUGUAACUGAAAAUUUUAAAUUGUACUAAAUCAGUGUAUGUUAUCUACACAGACUGAAUUCUAAACAUAUUUACUGUGGUUUAAAGGGACACUAUAGGCACCCAGCCCACUUCAUCUCAUUGAAGUGGUCUGGGUGCAGUGUCCCUGUCCUCUUAACUAUGCAAUGUAAAACAUUGUAGUUUCAGAGAAACUACAAUGUUUACAUUGAAGAGUUAAAGGACCACUAUAGUGCCAGGAAAACAUACUCGUUUUCCUGGUACUAUAGAGCCCCCACCCUCAGGGUCCCCCUCCCGCCCGGCUCUGGAAGGGGGAAAGUGGUAAAACAUACCUUUUUCCAGCGCUGGGCGGGGAGCUCUCCUCCUCCGAUCCUCCUCUUCUCCUCCCAUGCGGCUGAAUGCGCACGCGCGGCAAGAUCUGCGCGCACAUUCAGCCGGUCAUAUAGGAAAGCAUUAUCAAUGCUUUCAUAUGGACGCUUGCGUGCACAGUGAGAAGCACGCAAGCGCCUCUAGCGGCUGUCAAUGAGACAGCCGCUAGAGGAAUUGGGGGAAGGCUUAACCCAUUCAUAAACAUUCUCUGAAACUGCUAUGUUUAUAAAAGAAUGGGUUAACCCUAGCUGGACCUGGCACCCAGACCACUUCAUUAAGCUGAAGUGGUCUGGGUGCCUAGAGUGGUCCUUUAAGACUGCCUCCAGUGGUUGUCUAGUUUAACUCUGUGAAACAACACUGGACAUCUUCGCGCAUUGCAUGAGCACGUCCAGCGUGUUGAAAUCCCACAUAGGAAAGCAUUGAUUCAAUGCUUUCUUAUGAAGAAGGCCUAAUGUCGACUAAGGCGGAACCCGACCCAGUGCAGACAGGAAAGUGUUUAAACAGGUUUUUUAAAUCCUUACUUGGUGUGGGGUAGGGAUACACUUUUGUACUCCAGACGCUAUAUGUUACUCCUAACGCUGUAAAGUUUCGAUAUCUAUCUAAUCGAAAAUGGUUCUUUUAUAAUUAAUUGCAGAAAUGACUCUCUGGCUCAGCUGGGGAGGUUAGCUCCAUAGCACAGCCUGUGGUCCUUUCCAUACCAUAGAUUGAAAGUCAGUUCUGAGCAGAAAAUCAGAUCUGCAGGUUUUUCCAGCUGUUUUUAGAUAUAUCCAAAUGAAAAACAAAAGCCGAGAUAAAUGCAAUGCAUGUUUUUAAUUCGGGGUAUAUCUACUAAGUAGUGACUUUGUGUUACUUUAAAAACCUGAAUAUUUAUUGCUGUGAAAUUGUUAUAGACUCAUUUCCAACAACUAUUAGUAGAGAAUACAGGGACAGAUGGAUUUAGACGUUAGAUAUUUGGGAGACUAGUUCAUGAGAUUAUAAGGAGAAUCACAGGACAUGACAAUAUUAUUACGUAAAUGUAAACGGACUACUUUACCCCUGAAAAGUUAUGGCCCAUCUGUUCCUCUUAUAAUAAUAUUGUUUGGAAACUUUUCUUUUUCCCCAUUACAGGAUAGAACGCUUAGCUAGUGAUAUAAUGAAAGACAUCGGGGAUAAUCAUAUUACAGUCUUAUGUGUGCUUAAAGGAGGAUACAAGUUCUGCGCUGAUCUAGUUGAACACAUCAAGAAUCUCAGUCGAAAUUCAGAAAGGUUUAUUUCCAUGAGAGUAGACUUCAUCAGGCUCAGAAGCUACUGUGUAAGUUUAAAAGCUCCUCCAACUCCUGUCUGUUAUGUUGGUUAUCAAUAGGAGCCAAGGAUCAGAUCUGUCCCUAAUUGCAAUUUAUUUAUUUUUUCCCUUUAAACCUCGCUUACUGUCUGACUGUUGCCACAUUGUUCUUUCGAGGGCUCCUCGGUUGAGUUUUUACUCAGUCCUGUUCUCUGUGAUAGAUCAACUCUCUGGCCUAUGGAAACCCAACAUUCUACUGCUGCCUUAUAGAUUACCUGAUUGGUUUACUUUUAAGCAUUUUUAUUAAUAUUAUUAUUAUUAUUAUUAUUAUUAUUUUUUUAUUUUUUUAUGGGACCAGAAUGAAGUUUAUGGGUUUUCGUCUAAACAGUGACUCCCUUGGAUGAUAUUCUAUCAGAAUCACUGCGUGUCGUUUACUGUAACCACAGGUUCGGUUAAACAGUACUACAUCAGCUUGGAAGUUUUGAGUGAUCCGAUUUCCCCAGACUGAUGGUUCUGUUCUAUCUCUGUACUGACACUGUUUCCAAUUGGUGUUUCCGUUCUCUGACUCCAAGUUUUUGUGGUGUGAUUAUUAUUUGAAUUAUUCAGGAUUACACUAUGUCAUGUCCAGGUAAUGUAGCCAGUAAAUGCCAGGUCACCAUUCCUUUUUGGGCAGAUAUAUUGGAGUUGGCGUUUUGUUUAUGCAUGUCUGGCCUUUGCAGUUUUUCUCCUUCUUCUAAAAGGAACCUUACCUUAUUGUAGCCAUUCAGGUGUGCUGUGUGCACUUAAUAUGUCUGUCUACAGCAAGGAUAGGCAACCUUUGGUGCUCCAGAUGUUUUGAACUACAUUUCCCUUGCCUGCAUUAUGGGCGAUGUAGUUAAAAACAUCUGGAGUGAUGAAGGUUGUCUACCCCUGGUCUAUUGUAUAGUUGGCAACAUCUGAAAAAAAUAUUCCAGGGUCACUUUUGCCACAAAGCAAUUUAGAGGAGUGUUGAACACACGCACCAGUUUCCAUAGGCCCCGCCGACUAUAUAAUUCUCCUGGAAAAAACAUCCCCACAGUACACUAGCAACUGCUAGUUAAAUGGAGCCUGAAGUCUGUAUGUGCAGCAUUUUGCUGUGAAAUGCUGUACAUACAGAUUUUUAACCCCUCCACUGCCGGAGGUUUUAAUUCCAUUAGGGAGUCAUCAACAAGCUCCGAACUAGAGUUCCAGGCUGGCUAAUGUCAAUUCUGAGCAACUUUUAUUGCACGGAACGUCCGUCAUUGGCUGAGAGCUGUCAGCUAACAUACAAUGACAUUCAAUGAAUGACGACAGCAGUGACUUGCUUUCGAUGAUUAGAGUAACAAUUAAAAGAAAAUAUAUAGUCACCAAAACAACUUUAGCUUAAUGAAGCAGUUUGGGUGUAUAGAUCCUGUCCAUGCAGUCUCACUGCUCAAUUAUCUGCCAUUUAGGAGUUAAAUCACUUUGUUUCUGUUUAUGCAGCCCUAGUCACACCUCCCUUGGCUGUGACUGACACAGCCUGCAUGAAAAAAAAAUGGCAUCAUAUUCAAUACAAUGAUAACUUGUUUUAUACGUUUUUAAUCUCCUGUUCUGUAAAUUGAACUUUAAUUACAUACAGGAGGCUCCUGGCUGGGCCUAGUGAUCUGUUAACAGAGCAAGAGAAAAGAAAUUCCAAAUUAAAUAAAAUUUGCAGUAAACAAAGUGUAAAGAUUAGAUGACUGACUGUUUAGGGAGGUGUGCCUAUGGCUGUAUAAACAAAGUGAUUUAACUCCUAAAUGGCAGAGGAUUGAGCAGUGAGACUGCAGGGGCAUGAUCUAUACACCAAAACUGCUUCAUUAAGGUAAAGUUGUUUUGGUUACUGUAGUGUUUCUUUAAGGGCCAGAAGUCAAUAACUCCCUGUCAAUACUGGUGACAUUUUCUAGUCUGUAAACAGCCACUAUCUGCUAACAGUUGGGACUGGCACUUUAAUGACUAGUGCUGGCUGGUAAGACAGCGUUGGAAAUUAACCCCAGAAUUCUAUUGUUUUACUAAAUAGUUUAGUUUAUAAGUUCUAUUUUUUUCAAUGACAUUCUUAAAAUGCAAGACAUAAUUCUGAGGCAAGUAUCUAGCGGAGCGAGGCUAGAAAAAAUGGGACUGUCCAGUUAAAUUCUCAAGUACGUUAGUUGGCAUACUUGCUAUUAUUAUAUGAGUUGACAAGUAUACUAUUGUUUUGAAACAUUUUUGAAUUAGGAUAUAAUCCUUUCCAGUUCUUCUUUCCCAAUUCAAUUGAUGCUUAAGUAAUCGCCGUGUCACUCACUUCCUCUCCACGGUCCAAUCAAAUGGUUCACAGAAAAGCAUUUGAUUGGUCAUCUUCAGCAGACCAGAGCAAAGAGGAAAUUGAAAUAUCUCCGUAUGUCCAGAGUUUCAAUCAGGAACGCUACACACACACACACUCCUACCACUAUGACCAUUUCUACAAAUAUAAGUGAGCAUGGUAGUUGGAGUAACCCUUUAUUUUGCACAUCAAUGGGAAAAUACAUUUAGGCCAUAAAGCCCUGCAUAAGUCCUGUUUGAUUCAGAGUUGUCCUUUACACUGUAGAUAAACUGAUUUCUCUUCCAGGGCUCUAUUAUGUUGUCCUACAUGUGUGUAGAUGGACUGAAAAUGGUGAUCACCUUGGCCUCCCUUCCUCAGGGCCGUACUGGGACAUAAAGUCCAGGCAUAUAUGUUCUUUUCUGAUCUUACUCUCUGUUUUGUGCUUGUCACCUCUUCCUGGGUGUUCCAUCUGUCCCCAUCUAAUUGAGUAUUGACAUUUAAGUAGGGGCAAGUUAUGUGUGUAUGUGUUUGUUUUUUUAUUAAUUUGGAUUGAGGUGCCAUUUUAUUCUUGGACCCACGCAGCAAUAUGUAUCGGUCCAAUCCUGGAAACCAUAACGAGAGCACAGAACUAGUUAUGGGCCAGCUUACUGCUCAUUAGAACCCUGCAGUUUAAUUCUAUUCUAGCAGAGCUACGGUGAUAAGUCGGCAAUUCUACACUUUUACUUUCCCUUUUGGAGACGUUAGUGCCACUGACUCAAGUCAACAGUGUUAUUUUUGGUUUGCAGAAUUGUUUUCCUUCCUAAAUUUUACAACCAAUGUUAAUGUCAGGAAACUGCUAGUGGCAGCUGGCAAACUGUGAGUCAGUUAGGGCCACUAGUUCUGCUUAGGGAAUUCGAGACAAUUGCAGGGUUCUUCACUAAGAUAAGAAUCAAGGUGAAUUUCAAAUUUAAGGUCAGAAUAUCUGAACGUGAAAAAAAUCUCUGUCAGCGAUGCUUUCCACCCAUCUACUCUGGCCUUAAAUUUAAAAUUCCCACUGAGUACACUUUGAAUUCUCACUUUUUAGUUAAGCGAGAACUGAUCUUAAAAUAAAUCUGACCAAACAUGCAGAAACCUGGUUUAGAGCCAAAUAUCUUUUAUUUUGUUCAAAGCUAUUAGUGUAGUAUAUUCUAUCUGUAGAGUUUCUUUUUUGUUUUGUGUUUUGUUUUCUUCAUAUAGGAGUGAGUUUUUUUUUUGUUUUUUUUUUUAGAAUGACAAAUCCACAGAAGAUCUGCAAAUUAUUGGAGAAGAAGAGCUGUCAAAGCUGACUGGGAAGGUAUUUUAAUGUGCCAAUUAUUUAAUGCAUAAAUAUAAAAUUAUUCCACUAGAAUUAUUCCACCUUCUCUUUCAAUACAACGUGACUUUUUUUGUUUUGUUUGUUUUGUUGUUUUUUUUUAAAUAGUUUCAGCUUCUUACAAUUCAAUUAAGGAAGUAAAUUGUGUAAAUACUUCAGUAAAUAUGCGUUUUCCUCAUAAUACGUAAGCUCAGUUACAUAGUAUUGACAAAGGAAUUUCAACAGAACUUACUUGUAAGCAUGUUCUAAUUAAUAUGUUCUAAGUUAUUGUGUAAAAGUGUAUCUAGCACGGGAGGUACACUUUACAGUAAGCAUAAGAGGGAAAACGUGGACCUCUGACUUAGACCAGGGCUCCCAACAGUCCUGCUUUUGCUGGGACAGUCCCGUUGCUGCAUUCUGUUUGUCAUUGAGCAGGUAAAAAUCAAUUUACCUGCAGUACUUGGAGACUAAGCUUUAACUAUCCAUUACACCUGGACAUUUCCUAUCUGUGUCAGUUGCUGCACAGGAUAAGAUUGAUACAUUGAAUGAUUUAACAAUAGAGGACAUUAAAACAGAAUCCAAAAAUAAAAACUAUCAAUUGCUGGCUCAUUUACUGAAGCAAUAUCCCCUGAUUUCCCCUUUAUAACAUGAAGCAGCUUUUCUUAAAUUAAUCAUAACCUUCAGUCAGCCGCAGGCUUAUGACAGUUGUAAUUACUUGUAAUAUGUGCAGAUCUGCUGAGAAACCUGUUGUCAUUGGCUAGUUCAUGAGAUCUUUUCUAUUGUUAAUAAACUGAAAUGAAAAUAUAUAAAAGUGGCAAGAAUGGUUGUGCUAAUUAGCAUAUAUUCUGACCGCUCUGGUGGUAUAAAUCUGUUCUAUAAUGUCUGCAUGUAAUGUAGCUUAAUAGCUGUAUUGAUGUUGGUGCAAUAUGUGACAAUACAUUUAUUUGUCUUUCUUUUGAUUUAGAAUGUACUUAUUGUAGAGGUAAGUGACAUUUUAUUCUCGUAUUUCUAAUUUAUGAAUUCAUACAAAUGUGGUUUUAACAGAAUUAAUCCGUAUUAUUGAUUGAGCUUGUUUUAUCUAUACAGAUCAUCCUUUAAUAAUGUAUGAAUAAUUUUUAACUUUAUUAGAACCUAUAUAUCCAUGGGGUGCAUGAAUGCUUUUCAGUUGGUGGGAACAAAUCAAAUUACUUUUAAUCAAUGUCCGAAGGACGAAAUCUGCCUGACUUCACAGUCAAAGCUUGGCUGAUCGGUUCGGGAGUGGUUUAAAAGUCAAUUGAUUCAUUCGCAUCAGCGGAAAAGCAGUUAUGAACAAGUGUAAUUUCAUUCCUUCUCUCCAGUUUUAUUGCGUUCCAUACCAGCACCCAUAUUUUCUCCUUUACCUCCCCAAGCAAAUUUCUCUCCUCCUCCUAUAUGUGUGUUUAAAACGCUAUAAAGAUUUGUCAUUAUCACGGCCUCUAUCUGUUUACACACACAGCACUGUGUAGUGGACUGGGCUGUUUGCAUCGAGUGGCAGAGUCACAGUCUGUGCUUGCUUUGACCAUGGUUGGAAUCUUUCUCUGGAGAGGAGAGCGUACUCCGUAUAAAUUGUGCAUAUAGUGUACAUUCCGCAAACACGCUACUUGGACAUAAUUGAAAGUCAGAAAAUCUGAAAGAUCUGGUUGCCUGAUUAACAGCUCUGAGAGUCUGUCUUAAAACUGCAACAAUUUGUUCAAUAAUACAAUGUUGUUAUGGUGCUUUGACUGAUCCUUUAAUAAAGCUCCAUGAAUACACAGAUUGUCAUGGUUGUCAUAGAUGGACAUAUUGUUAAUGAUAGCCCAGGCAUGGAUUAGCAGUUAAAAAGUACAAAGCUAUAAUAUUUUUAUUGACACGUUUUUUGCCCCCCUCUUUUUUUUUUUUUUUUUCUGAAGGAUGUUAUUGGAACUGGUAGGACGAUGAAGGCUUUGCUUAGUCACAUGGAGAACUACAAUCCAAAAAUGGUAAAAGUGGCAAGGUGGGUUUCAAUCUUGUUUUAUAUUUGUGAGUGGUCAUCUGGUCUAACUAAUUUUAAUACUAUUAAUUAAGCGACCAUGUAGGCACUAUAACCAUUCCUUCUGAAUUAGUUAUAGUGCUUGAAGUCCCCUAGCACUGACCCUCCAUUUAAUGUUAAAUCAUUUUGCAGCAAUUUAACAUGGAACAAGGGUCCCUGGCUUUUUAUAGCUCAAACCCCCACCCACUGUAGGUAUGGCUAAUGCAGAGGUUACACACUUCCUUCUAGCUAUAGUCCCAUUUAUGCUGUGCAUGUGCAUCAGUUCCCCAGUGCUCUGAGGAGGAUUGAAUUUGACCAACUAUAAAGGAGGCCAUGCCUCCCCUAUGCUGUUGCAGGAGGAAAAGAGGUAGCGCAGAGGGACCCUUGGCGCUGGAAAAAGGGAAAUAAAACUUUACUUUUCUUCAUUUUUACUGCACUCGCAGGGAGGUGACCCUGAAUAACCAUAGGAACAGGAAUACUAUAGAUGAUAGAUUUGUAUUCCUGACGCUAUAGUAUAAAGUUAUCUUUAAAAUGUUGACAAUUCUCACUUUUUGUGAAUAGACCUGUAUAUACACAACUUUAGAUGCCUUCUGUGUAUAUCCCCAAAGUUCCAGCUUGAUUCUACUUAGUACAAGCAAACUAAAGGUUAUAGUUGUUUUAUGGAGACAUUAAUUUCAUGGCUGUCGGUAGUGGUUAUUUUUUUAUUUUUUAUUAUUGCAGUCCCAGAUUACACUUUCAGACAAACACAGCCUUGUCAUAACCUUUCCAACAACAGUGCCACCUACUGGUAAUAUUACAUAAUUACUGCAAACGUGGAGAUGGGAAUCACAAUGUUACAGUGCUAGAGAGUGGCGUCAUUUUGAAACAUUCUAUUAACCAAAUAAAGGAUUGUUUUUAACCUUCUAUAAAGACAAAGGAGAAAAACACCUUUAUAUGGUCACCAAUAGUCACUUGGUAGAGGCGAUACCAAUUCAUUCAAUAAGAUGGGUGAAACGAGAAUGUGGGUUUCAUUUUUAUUUUUCAGAUUACCUUGGAAACUGAGAGCAAGUGGAAAUAACUUUUUUUUAUUAUUAUUAUUAUUAUUUUAUCCAUUAUACAUUGAGGAAAAACACAUUUAUUUUUUUAUCCGACAUAUUUUUAUGAUAAUGUAAUGAAAAUAAUGUUAACGCAUAAUGUCUUUUUUUUUUUUUUUGUAUUGCCAGAAUGUUAAUAUAUUCUUGUUUAUAGGUUUUGCUAAAUUAAACUCCAAUCAGAUUAAGCAAGACAGAUCCAUCUAUGUGUAUUAAAAUGAAUUAGUAUUUAUCUCGAACUGGCAUCAAAAAAAGGUUUCACUCCUUACUCAGGGAAUUUAAUUUUAAAUAAUUACAAAUUAUUUUUCAUUGUUUUUCAAUGACGUUUUAAAACAUUCUGUCUCUUUCUUACAUGUUAUUCCCUGGUAUUACUAAUUCUUAUAUAAACGGUAAAACUCUGUUUAAUGUAAAAGAUGGAUAUUUCUAUUUUUUGCAGCUUGCUUGUGAAAAGGUCUGCUGGAAACAACACCUAUAGCCCUGACUGUAAGUCUAAUUUUCAACACAAUUUUAUUUCUGAUAACAGUUAUGCCAUUUAUUAGCAUCAUGUUUAAACUGGAACCUGUUCACUGUGUCAUGCAUACUAAAGUUGGUGACUUUUACUCUGAAUAGACGCUUAAAUUCCAAAAGUCUGUAAAAAAAAAACCUCAGAAACUGCUAAUUGGGUAUCUAUUUUGGAACAUUCCCAUCACAUGUUUGUGUCUAGCAGAGAAAUUUUGCUAAUGCCAUAUUUUGUCCCAUGUUUUCGUUAUAUAUUUAUUUAUCCGAUGGCUAAUUCCUAUGAAUGACAUGAAGAACAAAUUGCUUGUUGGACCAAAUGUCGUCUGUGCAAUACACUCUUUCAUUCGUUUGUUACAAUUACAAGGAGGGAGCUACUAGCUUGCAGCUCCCUCCUUGUAAAAAUAGAAGCGACCGUAUCUGUGCUUCCUAAAUCCCCCCAUGGCCCUCUCACCCUUGGUCUGUGCGGAUCAAUAUGACCCCUAUAACCGUAUAAGGGAGGUUAAAUGCUACCUCCUGCCCAUACCCUCUGUGCCGUGAGUAGGGGCAUUUCUACUAAACAUUAAAAAAAAAACUAGUGACUGGGCAGCUAUUUCUACUGCUGCCCAGUUGCUAGUCCAAUAAAGGGGAACCUGACACGGGUUCCCCAUGGUGGGGCACCUAAUAAAUUAAUUAUUUGAGGGAAAUAUUAAAGGACCACUAUAGUGCCAGGAAAACAUACUUGUUUUCCUGGCACUAUAGUGCCCUGAGGGUGCCCCCACCCUCACGGUCCCCCUCCCGCCGGGCUGGAUGGCAAGGAAAGGGGUUAAACGUACCUUUUUUUUCCAGUGCCGGGCGGGGAGCUCUCCGCCUCCGAUCCUCCUCUUCGGCUGAAUGCGCAUGCGCAGCAGGAGCUGCGCGCGCAUUCAGCCAGUCUCAUAGGAAAGCAUUCAUAAUGCUUUCCUAUGGACGCUGUCGUCUUCUCACUGUGAUUUUCACAGUGAGAAGCACCAAGCGCCUCUAGCGGCUGUCAAUGAGACAGCCACUAGAAACUUUAGAAACUGGAUUAACCCAUUUAUAAACAUAGCAGUUUCUCUGAAACUGCUAUGUUUAUAAAAAGGGGGGGGUUAAUCCUAGAGGGACCUGGCACCCAGACCACUUCAUUAAGCUGAAGUGGUCUGGGUGCCUAGAGUGGUCCUUUAAAUAAAAUGAAUGGAGGGGCACAUUUAUUUAUUAAAGUGGCACUAUAGUGCCCUGAGGGUGCCCCCACCCUCAGGGUCCCCCUCCCGCCCGGCUCUGGAAGGGGGAAAGGGGUAAAAACUUACCUUUUUCCAGCGCUGGGCAGAGAGCUCUCCUCCUCCGAUCCUCCUUCUCUCCUCCCCGUCGGCUGAAUGUGCACGCGCGGCAAGAUCUGCGCGUGCAUUCAGCCGGUCUCAUAGGAAAGCAUUUACAAUGCUUUCCUAUGGACGCUUGCGUGCUUUCACUGUGAAAAUCACAGUGAGAAUCACGCAAGCGCCUCUAGCAGCUGUCAAUGAGACAGCCGCUAGAGGGAAUGGGGGAAGGCUUAACCCAUUCAUAAACAUAGCAGUUUCUCUGAAACUAUGUUUAUAAAAAAAAUGGGUUAACCCUAGCUGGACCAGGCACCCAGACCACUUCAUUAAGCUGAAGUGGUCUGGGUGCCUAGAUUGGUCCUUUAACAUAGUGACCCCUCCAGCCCCCAUCUAUAGCUACGGUGGGAACUAUUAAAUAAAAUCUACAGGGAGGCAUGGUGUCCUCCCAGUCUUCACCCGUUGGCAGCGAGUGGUGACCAUAAAUAAUAAAGGAGGGGUGGGCAUAUUGUCCAGCCCCCAUCCACUUGCAGCAGUGGGGGCUAAUAAUAAAACUUAUCCCCCGCCCCACUGGUAAGCAGGAGUCCCCAAAUCUCCUCCCCCCCAAAAAAAUACACUACCUACCCCCCUCACCCUAAAAAUUGUGAAGACUGGCCAAUAAAUACCUGAAACAUAAAAAUGUCCUACUUACCAUUAGAUGUCAUCUUUUUUUCUUCAGCCCUGAUUAAAAAUCUAUAAGGUCUUGCCACAACUAUUACAAUGAAAGAAGAAAAAAAAAAUAUCGGGGAACACAAAAUAAGCUGAAUAAUAAAUUCCAGACUAAAAAAUAAUGCAUCUUCACCCCGCGAGUGCUUUACACUGACUGUGUUAACAGGGCAGGGAAAGCCAUUUACUGCAGAGUCCACCCAGUAAAAAAUACAAUCUGAUUAUCCCAGCAGAACUACAGAGUUCAGAUAACGAAGAAGGCGGAUUAACCGGAUUAUUGAGGAGACCCUAGUCCGGUCCCCCUGUCACUACCCCUCCAACCACUUACCCCAUGUCACUGCUCCUCCAGCCCCUUACCCCAUGUCACUGCUCCUCCAGCCCCUUAUCCCAUGUCACUGCUCCUCCACCCCUCUACCUCCUGUCACUGCCCCUCUACCCCAUGUCACUGCCCCUCUACCCCAUGUCACUGCCCCUCUACCCCAUGUCACUGCCCCUCUACCCCAUGUCACUGCCCCUCCACCCCUGUCACUGCCCCUCCACCCCCUGUCACUGCCCCUCCACCCCCAUACCCCCGUCACUGCCCCUCUACCACCUGUCCCUGCUGCUCCACCCACUAUACUAUACUGCUCCUUCCCCCUACCCUGUCACUGCUCCUUCCCACUACCCCUGUUACUGCUCCUUUCCUACCCCUGUCUGCUCCUUCCACUACCCCUGUUACUGCUCCUUCCCACUACCCCCUGUUACUGCUCCUUUCCCACUACCCCUGUUACUGCUCCUUUCCCACUACCCCUGUUACUGCUCUUUCCCACUACCCCCUGUUACUGCUCCUUUCCCUACCCUGUCACUGCUCCUUCCCACUACCCCGUCACUGCUCCUUCCCCCUACCCUGUCACUGCUCCUUUCCCACUACCCCCAGUCAAAGCCCCUCCACCCCCACAUCACCAGUCACAGCCACUCCAGUCACAGCCACUCUACCCCCAGUCAGAGCCACUCCACCCCCUUCCCUCCCCCCCAGUCUCACACACUCUGUCACAUUCCCCCUCCACACACCCUGUCACCUCCACGCACACACACCCUGUCACAGCCCCUCUUCACACACCCUGUCAUCCCCACGCACACACAUGGUCACCCCAUACACAUACACUUUCAGCCCCCACACGGCAACGCUCGAUUCCAUGUGGUGCCAGGAAUCGCGAGAGAGCCUUAACCCGGCGGAGCUGCAGAGCCCCUACAGUGCCACCGGACCACAAGGGAAUAUGCUGACCACCCCUCAUCCCUGGAUGCAGGGAAGAAACAAGGAGGGAGGAGGGGUAGUCUCACACUACAACCCACCCCACACAGUCAUACACACUGCACUCGUCACAAUCACACACACUGUAUCCCUCGCAAUCACACACCCUGCACCCCUUAAACGCUGCACCCCUAACAAUCACACACACUGCACCCCAUGUAUAUUUGUAUGUAUGUGUGUGUGUGUGUUUGUGUAUGUAUAUAUAAAAAUACAUAUACACGCAGCGUAUGUUUGUACUUUAGGGUGCACACCCUAAUGCAAUUGGGUUGCAAAGCAGGUGCUCUGGGCAAUUGCUGCCUCUUGAGUUUAGCUCCACUGACCUGUUGUCUGAUAGCCAAGCUAGUUUAACAAGAUUAAUUUAUAAAAGUGCCAAUUUCUAUUGAAAUCUGCAGUUACUUUGUAAAACGAAGAGAAAAAAAUAGGAUACACUCUUCACACAAACUAAAGUGAUUUAGUAGUCUGGAGUUUCCCUUGAACUACUGAAUGAUGUGGGAUUUCAGGUUUAAUUCCCUCUAGAGCCAGAACUGCCAUGAUAUCGCUUGGAAUUUUCAGAAUAGUCCUUGGCCUUCGGGAUUGAUUUCUGAUACCUUAGGGAGGAUUUAUCAAAGUGUUUUGAAAAGUAUCUUCAAGGAUUCUAAAAUCUGUUUUAAAACUAGUUUGUACUUGUCACCUAUCCCAUUCGUAUUUAUUCCAACAUAUUGUUGCACCUCCACAAAUAUGUCCUGGUAACUGGGAAUAUAGUGUGAAUAUUCUAUGAGUAUUCUCUUUCUACACCAUGAUAAGUGGUGUAACAGGAUGCAAAAAAUAUAUAUAUAUAUAUAUAUAUAUAUAUAUAUAUAUAUAUAUAUUUUCUUGUGGAAAAAAGUGAUAAUAUUAAUAAAUGGAAUGCGAUUCAAAAAGCAACUCGAAAGAUUUUAUGGCCAUCAUAACUGAUCAUUCUGGCAAAAAUAUCAACUAAAAGACACAGAUUAUUUACCAACACUUUUCUAAAUCUUCUUCUGUGUUGUCUAUAUAACCCAACAAAGUACAGGCUGAUCACAUUUUUUUUAAAAAAAGUGUAAUAAGAUAAAAAUGUCUCGCUAAUGAAAAGGCUUUUGUUUUUUAUUUAAAGAUACCGGAUUUGAAAUUCCUAACAUAUUUGUGGUGGGAUAUGCUUUAGAUUACAACGAACACUUUCGAGAUCUUCAUGUGAGUACUGAAAACAAAUUUAACCCUGUGUGUUUAUUUUUUUUUUUCCAAUUUAUUUGUAAUUUAUUCAAUUUUUUUUUAUUACAAAACACCGUACAUAUACAAAACAAAACAUAGAAAAGACAUAACGAAGAUACAGUAAAGACAUAGGCUUCAUACAAUGUAAACUUAAUUAUGUUCCAGAAUAUACAAACGUAAUUAUGGUGCCAGAAUAUAAAAGAAGACUGCUCUUAGACCACUACAUUAUAAGGAGAAAUAGAGUCAACAAGCUCUCUAUAGAUGUAGCAUAUCUUGAAGUGGGAGGGUAAAUCUACACUGAACAAAAUUAUAAACGCAACACUUUUGUUUUUGCCCCCAUUUUUCAUGAGCUGGACUCAAAGAUCUAAGACUUUUUCUAUGUACACAAAAGGCCUAUUUCUCUCAAAUGUUGUUCACAAAUCUGUCUAAAUCGGUGUUAGUGAGCGCUUCUCCUUUGCCGAGAUAAUCCAUCCACCUCACAGGUGUGCCAUAUCAAGAUGCUGAUUAGACAGCAUGAUUAUUGCACAGGUGUGCCUUAGGCUGGCCACCAUAAAAGGCCACUAUAAAAUGUGUAACGCUAAUAAGUUCCCCCAACCCUGUGUGUUGAAUGACCCUGGGAGGUAUUCUAUAAACCUGGUAGUGAAAAUAUUGAUCAAUUACUAAAUUGAAAAGUAAAGUUUUUUUGUUUUUUUUUUAUUGCGGAGUUUUAUUUUCUAAACUGUAACACUCCUGAUAUAACAUAUUUUCAUUGUUCUGUAAUAAAUUCAAAGUGAAUUUAAAACUUAAAGGAUCACUAUAGUGUCAGGAAAACAAACUACCCCCCCACCCUCAGGGCCCCCUCCCCUCUACCUUCAGGGCCCCCUCCCUUGGUUAAAACCCCUUCAGCAGCUUACCUUAAGCCAGCGCCGGGCUCCCUCGGCGUUGGUGACCUCUCCUCCCCUGCCGAUAUUAGCUCCAGAGUGGAGCGGAAUGUGCAUGUGCGGAAAACAGCCACUAGAGGUUGGAUUAACCCUGCAAUGUAAACAUAGCAGUUUCUCUGAAACUGAUAUGUUUACAUCUGAAGGGUUAAAACCUGGGGCACCUGGCACCCAGACCACUUUUAUUGAACUGACGUGGUCUUGGUGACUAUAGUGUCCCUUUAAGGCCAAAAUUGCUGAAUUGGAAAAAUCUAAGUGAGCUUUGCUACCAGAUUGGCUAUUUUGGUCUAAAAUUUGAAAUUCACUUUGAAUAAACAUGAACUGACCACGAUAUAACAUGUAGGCCAAUGUAGCCGAUAAACAAACUUCUGUUAUUUUUACAGCUGGACUAUUUGGUGUAAAAUUUGUUCAUAUCAAUUUCCACCAGUUCAUGGUUUAGUAAAUAAAAUUGUCUGCCUUAAAGGGACACUAUAGGCAUCCAGACAACUUCAGCUCUUUGAAGUGGUCAGAGUGCAGUGUCCCAGGUCCCUUAACCCUGCAAAUGUAAUUAUUGCAGUGUUUAAGAAACUGCAUCCUUUUGUGGAUUAACUCCACCUCUACUGGCUGUCUACUACUAGAGGGACUUUUGGGUUGUUAGACGACUUUCGGUCGCCUAACUGAUGCUGGUAGUCCUCACUCUAUGCAUGGGGACAUCCACCAUCACCCAAACCCCCAUAGGAAAGCAUUAUUAAUGCUUUCCUAUGGAGGAAGUUCUAAUGCGAGCGUGCAUGCCCAUUAGGUCUCCCCCACUGACUUCCAGCACUGGACUCCGGUUAGUGACAAAAGGUUUUUUUUCAACCCCUUCUGCACCAUGGGGGGAGGUGGGGUGAAGGCAAGAGGGGGUGCCACGAAUGGGGGCACUAAUGAGAGCUAUAGUGCCAGGAAAACUAUUUUCCUGACACUAUAGUUUCCCUUUAAUGGUUUGCUAUCGACCAAGCUUUUACCUUGCCUUGCCUUAAUAACAAAGGCUUUGUGGCAGACUGAGCACACAGCUUUCUCCCAGAGCUACGGAGGUUUAGUCAGCUGCUCCAAUGGGUAAAAACAGGAUACGAUGAGGACAUGUUUGGGACUGUCGUGGUCAUGACCUGUGAAUAAUAAAUAUAUCGUGCCUAGGGAUUUAGUCAAUAAAUUGGGAAUUGUUGAAGAACUGAAAUAUAAUGUUAUCUUUCCCCAUGUGCAGGCUUUUUGCAUUCACUCUCUGAAUAAGAUGUAAAUUUAACUUUUAGACAUGGUCUGCAUUCUUUUAUGUUCUUUAUUGAGUAUCUAAUACAUUUUUCAUUUCACUUAUAUGGAAGGGAGGUUUUCAACCUAAUCCGUUGAAUUAAGAGACCAUCUCCUUUUCCAUGUAGGGUUAAGAUAUUACGGCAAACAUCUUGGACAUCUGCACAUUGCAGUCCAUCGUGUGCAAUUUCAUUUUUCUCUAACCUUGCACAUUAUGCCUACAGUCCACCAGCAGGGUUAGCAAUUAAUUCAGCAGUCUGGGCAAUGAAUUUAGAGGAUCUUUUUUUUCUUUUCAUUAUUGCCUUGGAAACAAACUGUAAAGUGAAAUAAGUUCUAUAUCAAGCUCUGAGUUUAUAACAGAGUAGAAGGUGUUAUUUGUCUUUGCGUGAAUCACAAAUUUAUUUUUAACUCGUGAAGUGAGCAAACAGCUUGGAUAUUUGAAUUUGAAUUCUUUCUAUACACUAGUGUUUAAACCCAGAUCUGUAUGCCCAAAAUAAUAUUCCGUAUUAUUUAGCUAUAUUUAGUUAUCAUCCAAUUUAAAAUCACCUCUUGUUAAAAGAAUGCUCCCGAUUGCUGAAGUUAUUUACAUGUUAACUGGUGAACCCCUUGUUCCUGUUAAUAAACUUGCGGAUUUAAGGAGAAAUCUGCACUUUUCUGAUUUAACUUUGUUAUUGUCACAGGUUGACUAAUUAUCCUGAAUUUUGCCAUUUGAAUUUUAGCAAAUAAAGCCCUGCAAUGCUUUUCACAGUUGGCAGAGCUGUUCAACCAAUGUACUCAUUAUUUGAAGACAGAAAAGGUAAAACCAUUAAUUAUUAUCUUGUUUUGUUUUUUUCAGCACAUAUGUGUCAUCAGUGAUAAAGGCAAGGAGAAAUAUAAAGUGUGACAAAAUUAACUUCUAACCUACGGUUUUUAGAAGACACAGACUGUUACCAUAAAAUGUGAAUGGCAUUAAAACUUAUUAUUUUUGCAAAAAAAAAAAAAAAUGGAGGGAGGUGAGUUUAUAUAAUUACAAUAAAGCUUUGACUUUAUAAAAAUGAUUUCUCUGUUUUUAUUUUUAAUCUUUAUUUAAAUAUAUCAUCUUUAUUGCAAUGAGAUCUAUUUCUCAAUCUAACAGAGCGACUCUGGCGCAAAUUUGCUUAAAGGGACGCUAUAGUCACCAGAACAACUACAGCUAAUUGAAUUUGUUCUGGUGAGUAGAAUCAUUACCUUCAGGCUUUUUGCUGUAAACACUGUCUUUUCAGAGAAAAUGCAGUGUUUACAUUACAGCCUAGUGAUAACUUCACUGGCCACUCCUCAGAUGGCUGCUAGAGAUCCUUCCUGGGUCAUGGCUGCCUAUAAUGCCUCCAAACAUUCAGUAUCUCCUCCCUCUGCAUGCAGACACUGAACUUUCCUCAUAGAAAUUCAUUGAUUCAAUUCAUCUCUAUGAGAUGUUGAUAGGCCAGGGUGGCGUUUGACUUGUGCUGGCUCUGCCCCUGAUCUGCCUCCUUGUCAGUCUCAGCCAAUCCUAUGGGGAAGCAUUGUGAUUGGAUCAGGCUACCACUUCUGAUGAUGUCAGCAGACAGUGGGCAGGUCAAAAAGAAACAGGGACAAAGCAUGCAGCUCCAAACUUGAAUAAAAGUAAGAUUUUACAAUAUUUAGGGAGGCAUGAGGGGUCAGGGGGGCUAGAUGGUGGCUUUAACCCUAUAAAGUCAGGAAUAUAUGUUUGUGUUCCUGACCCUAUAGUGCUCCUUUAAUAUUCACAUGGUGAGAAAGGAAAAAAAAAUGACAGUGAAAAUAAAUUAAUAUAGGAUGGUCAUGCAUCAUAUAGGUUUUUUUUUGUAGUUAAGAUAAAUUAAAAUGAUUUUAAAUAUAUUUAUUUGGCACCUGCAAAACCAGUGCAAUCCAUACAUAUGAGAUUCUCUGCUACAAUUUACCAAAUGUUAUGUGUUUGACAAAAUGGCUUUUUCAUGGAGCAGAGGUCAUCAAUUGGUAAAUUUCUUUAAUGGCAAUGGAUAUUUUAGAUAGAUUAAUUUAGACUAUGACAGCCGAUACUGUGGUUAGGAAAUGUGAUGCCCCAGGCUGACGUUUUGAAGUGUCUGUCUACCCCAGAUGUUAAAAGCACCAAGCAUCUGACACUGCUCGACCAUGGUCUAGUAAAAUGGAAAUGUAAACAUCAGGUCCUGCUAGGACCUUGAUUACAGACCUUAAAGGAACAAUAAAAGAGGGUUGUACCAUGCACAGACCUCAUCUCCCUAACACUAAAUGUGUAUAAUAUAAUACGCUCAAACAACAAGUUAGUCUUAUCUUGGGUAUUUAAGGUGAUCCUGUGCUGCACUUCGGCCAGUAGAAAGAGAUUAAUAGCAAAUGAUUCUAAUACAACAAGAACCAAAUACCCUUCAUUUAUUAAAACAAUACAUCCGAAGGGAGAUAAGUGUAGCUGUUAUCCAGGGGAAGAUGUUUCAUCCAAUUUCAUAAAUAGUAUCAUGGAAAUUGGGACACAGAUUCUGAGUCUCCAUAGAUUGUGGCUUCUUUUCCAAUGUUUCGGUCUUUCCGCUAUUGACUUGGGAAACUAUUUUGUGUUGUUGAGUACCGUGAUUCCUGUAGUAUCUUGUGACAUGAGAUGAUUGAUGACAUUUGAUGCAUCAUAAUAAUGAGGCCAAAACCUAGCAAAUGCAGUAAAGUAGUAUUGGUGCCCGGAGUGUCCCUUUAAGACAAAGAUUAAUGGCAUCAUACAGCACAUAGCAUUAUCUUGUUAACGUACACGCUUACAUAGGAAUAGUGCAUUUGACAAUAAAUCAUUGCUCUUUCAGUUGUAUUUGAGCCUAAACUUUAAAUAUAAGACAGCAAGCAAUCAGUGUUGUAUCACUGUUAUAGACCUUCAGGUGCUAUUCCCUACACAUGACUAUCCCCAGGCUGAAUGGACCUCAGUAGUGACACAAUGUAUGAGCUUCCAUUAAACAAAACUUUAUGUUGUGAUUUUUAAGCAUCAUUUUUAGGCACAAGCCAACCGUACGAAUACAAAAAAAACAGUUGUGAGUUAUUGUCUUUGCGCAUUUGUAUUUUCUCCUGAGGGAUAAUGAUAGAGAGCUAUAUAAUAGUCACAGAACCAAACUGAGAAAUAUUAUUAGAUCAAGAUAGAAUAGUAAAAGGCCCAGAUUUGCCAUAAGGCCACUGAGGCCACGUCCUUGGGAAAGCUGGUGCAUUGCUCACCCGGGCUUGUGCGGAGAGUGGGCUGUUGAAAAGCCCCAAGUCAAUGGCAGAGCUAUAUUCCAUCCUCUUUGUCCUCACAGCUGUGCAGAGCCUGGGGAGAGUCCAUGUCCUGGGAGAUGAGCAACAUGAAUCAUACUGCAUGGGAACAUAAAAUAUGAGCAUACAGGCUGAAGAAGGACACAGGGGCACAGGUUGGUGCGGGCGUUAGUCAUGUAAAGGCUGGUAAGAGCAGGUUGGUGCGGGCAUUAGUCAUGUAAAGGCUGGUAAGAGAGCAGAAAGCAAGUAAAGGGCAGGCAUGGGCAGAGAGUGGUAAAUGCAUGAGCAGAGGCUAGUGUGGGACAUAAGAGGGCAACUUGUAGAAGAGGCUGGUCAACGGGCAAAUAGAGGGCACAGACUGGUAAAGGGGCAGGAGUGGAGUGUAGAAGUGGGAGAGACUGUAAGGUAUGUGGAUGACACAGCAAAUUGUAUGUGGGGAGAUGAGACAAAAAUGGUGGAGGGAGUUGGAAAGGAAGUGUGAGAGACCCUAAUGAAGAAAGAGGUAGUUGAAGACUAGUCAGGAGAGCGAUGGAUGAGAAGUGGGAAGGUGAAGCAGACAGAAGUAUGGGAAGGAAUUGCCAGUAGGUAAUUAUUAUUUUUUAUAUAUAUAUAUAUAUAUAUAUAUUUUUAACUUGAAUUUUUUUUUUUUUAAAGGCUGUACAAUAGAACAUAAUUGCAAGUUAUACAGUCCAAAUAAUGGAUGCAAGUUGG